AUGUGUGCUCGAUGGUCCGAGGGAGGGCGACUCGCAGCCUUUGUCUCGACGCAAGGAUGGUGCUCAGGGGGGAGAGAGGGCUCACGCACCUGUUUGCACACCCAAGCUUGGCUGGCGGAUCAGUGUAACACCACACUGCGCGACAGGUUUGUCGACACCGAAGAGUGGUGCCUCAGGUCGAACGACGCGCUCUCGCUGUUGUCACACGCAGAAUGUGCUCAGGUGCAACGAGCAGCACCGUCACGCUUGUCACAGAAAGUGCGCGAGGUCGGGAACGAAACUCACCGGUUUGUCACGAGCCAGAAGUGCCAGGUAAGACACACUCAUCCUAUUCAGCGCAGCCAAGAGUCGACGGGGUUGCGACAGCGAGCAGGCGAUCCUCGGCUGGUGUAG